GCGGUCGUUAAAAUCACGCAACGUUUUAGACAAACAACAACAAAAGAGAGAGAGAGAGAGAGAGAGAGGGGCAAAUUAAUUAAAAACAAAACCCAAAAUUUCUGAAAAAUUCGAAAUUGCGGAUCCACCGCCAUCGAUCCCUAGAUUUCUCUUUCUCUAUCUUCGCCGGAGAAGCCAAGUAGGGUUUUCUCAGAUUAACUCCCUUCUUUUGUCAAUUUGUUCUUAGUACUGUACAAUGAGGAAGGGAGCGAAGAGAAAGGGUGCUUCCAAAGCUGGUCGCAAAGGUGCUGCUGUCGCGGAGACUGUGGCCGAGGAGGUGAUUGUUGAAUCUCAAGAGGAGGAGACGACGACGCAGGAGGAGAGUCAGCAACCUCAGGAAGAAGUCGUCAACGAGGAGAAGGAGAAUGGUGAAGCGGAAGAAGAGAAAGAGGCGAAGGGGGAUGAAGAGGAAGAGCCGGCGAAACCUGAUUCGUUAAAGGAGGCGGAGGCGGAGGAGAAUCAGGAAGAAGAGGAUGAAGUCAAAGAUGUCGAGGAGGAGGCUAAGGCGGAGAAGAAACCUGUUGUUGCUCGUCGUGGUGGUAAGCGGAAGAGGGCUACCAAGAAGGAGACUGAGAUUCAGGAUGAGAAGAAACCUGCACCCGCAGCUAAGAAGCCCCGAGUUACCAAAGUAAAGCCAGAGCCUGAGUACUUCGAGGACAAGCGUAAUCUGGAGGAUUUGUGGAAGGUUGCAUUUCCAGUGGGAACCGAGUGGGAUCAAUUAGAUGCACUUUAUGAAUUCAAUUGGGACUUCCAAAAUCUUGAGGAAGCAUUGGAGGAAGGAGGAAAGCUCUAUGGGAAGAAAGUCUUUGUUUUUGGCUGUACAGAACCUCAACUAGUCCCCUACAAAGGUUUAAACAAGAUUGUCCAUGUCCCAGCAGUUGUUGUUAUUGAUUCACCCUUUCCGCCUUCUGAUAAGAUAGGAAUCACAUCUGUUCAGAGAGAAGUGGAGGAAAUCAUUCCAAUGAAGAAGAUGAAAAUGGACUGGCUGCCUUAUAUUCCGUUGGAAAAAAGAGAUAGACGAGUUGAUAAGAUGAACUCGCAAAUAUUCACUUUGGUCUGUACGCAGAGGAAAUCUGCUCUCAGACAUAUGAAGGAAGAUCAACUUAAGAAGUUUGAGUAUUGCCUUCCUUAUUUCUAUCAACCUUUUAAGGAAGAUGAACUUGAACAGAGUACUGAGGUCCAAAUAAUGUUCCCCUCUGAACCGCCUGUUGUAUGCGAAUUUGACUGGGAGUUUGACGAACUUCAGGAAUUUGUCGAUAAACUGGUUGAAGAAGAACAAUUACCAGCUGAACAGAAGGAUGAAUUCAAAGAAUAUGUCAAAGAGCAAGUUCGAGCAGCUAAGAAAGCAAACCGAGAGGCAAAAGAGGCUCGAAAGAAAGCCAUAGAAGAGAUGAGUGAAGACACCAAGCAAGCAUUUCAAAAGAUGAAGUUCUACAAAUUCUACCCUCAGCCUUCACCAGAUACACCAGACGUCUCUGGUGUCAAGUCGCCGUUCAUUAACCGGUACUAUGGAAAAGCUAAUGAAGUCCUUUGAAAUGAUCAGAUCUUUGAGAACUCAGAAUAGCAUUUCUUGGCAGCUUCAACAGUAUUGAAACUUAUCUAGUCACAGGUGCUCUCAGAAACUCUUUGAGCUAUUAUUAUAGGGAGUUAAAAAGUCAAGUUUGAACGACAAAAAGUGUCUUUUACAUUUAUGAGCUUGUAUUCUCUCCUCUAGAAAUACUUGAGAUCUUUAGAAGAGUCACGGGAACCAAAUUCUUUUUGCGGAAAAUUGGAGACAGCUUUCUUAUAUUUCAGUUUCAACCCUUGAAGUUUU